GAAUGAAAUGAAUAGCUGCCUACUUUGUCUAGUAGCCUUUGCAGUUGUCAAUGUCAGUGUCUCGCCUGAAUACGCUCUAAUGGGCGCAUCGUUUUAGAUUAUGUAGAGAAACUGGCUUGAUAAUCAGAAAUUCAUGCGGGAGACAUUGAGAUCGAAUGUCGAGAGGCAGACGUUGAAGAUGAAGAUAAAUGUGAAAAUAAGUACACCGGGCGGCGCGUAGAGAAGUAUACUAGGCGACCAAAGUGGUAGAAACCGCGAGGCAUACUAUCUUCUUCCAGCUUUCCAUUGAUAAUCGUCUACGUGGCCGUGAAAAGUUUCAUCUACCUGCAGGAGGGAAUGACACGAGUGCGCCGGUCAUGACGUGGCACUGCUGCAUUUAUCGCUCAGCAAUGGAGGCAGCUGUGGGCACCGCUUAAUCGACGCAGGAGCUGGAGGACGACGAGAGUUAGUAGCAGAUACGCCAGGCGAAGGAAGGUGGCUGCUGGGCCGGCGUUAGCUUUAGUAAUGGGCCAAUCCUGUGUACGCGACACUUGCGAGCGUGGCUCGCGUGAGAAUACCGAGUUCACUGUAUGACGCUGAACCAUACACCUCGCCGUAUGACCUAGUAUUGAUUGCAGUGGCAAAACCAAAUUGUUCAUUUCGAAUACGCUACCACUACCCCGAGAGGGAAUAUCGCAUUGUGUGCCCACACGAGCAAUCUAUCAUUUUCCUGCGGCGAGGAACACUUAGAACAAUGUGAUAUACGGUUUCGAGUUUGGAGCAAGGAAAAAACUAUGACCCAGCACCUGUAUAUUUUAUUAUUACCCCACCAAGAUACGUAAUCCGUUUCAGACUUACUAGUCAAGUAUGCGCUAGAUAGGCUGUUUGAAGAUGAUCGAAGAAAGAUGAAGCCGACGGACAAGCUGAAACACAGCACGCAGCCCGCCUGGAAUCUGUUGUACAUGUUGCGCGAGAGAAAUCUUUACAGGGGGCGGUUCCCGAACCGGAUUGAUACCGGGGCACGUAUUACUGCGAAGGGCCCGCGGCGGGCCCUUCGCAGUACGCUCAACGUCCGUCCGCGGCGCGGACGGACGUUGAGCUACGGUUUGACUUUAGCUCACGGUCUGACUUCGGCCCGUCGCCUGAGUUCGGCUCGCACGCUGGUUCCGGCUCGCAGGCAGAUUUCAGCCCACGGACACUGACUUUUGCUGCGGCCUGACUUCGGGGCGCGAACGAAAAUCAAAAAGCAGAAAAAUGCGUAGUCCGCCAAAUAAAACUGCAAGCCAGCCUGCGCGCUCAGGAUCUGGCCUCGGAUGGGCCGCCCCCCCUGGUGGAGGGCCAGGCGGAGCCAUAGCGUUCGGGGCAGCCCGCGCGCCGAGGAUCCCGCCACCAAGGGGCUGGCACCGCCUGGCGGAGGACCGGGCUCAGCCGAGCAUAGGCAGAGGAGGGCUUCUUAAGCCCUGCAGUCGGAAUAUUCAGGGUGGCUCGACAGAAAAAACGCAAAUAGUACCUCACUGGCCCCGACGGUGCGGCGGCUAUUAUUUGUCUCCUAUGUUUUUCAUUUUUCUAGUAAAGGUAUCGCAUUUUUGUUCAUGCGCUCUCAUUAUUUUUCCAGUGGUUCUGUUGUUUGUGCCUUGCUCGCUUGUCUAUGUGACAACGAUCGCACAUGCACCAGCUAGGUCAAAAAAUGAUUAGAGACCACACCAAUGAAAGGUUGCUGCGCCAGAUGGAAGCAUCGACGUGACUGUGAAACGAGACGCACAAGGCAGACGACAAGGGUUUGGCAGAAUAAAGGAGCAGGGGUAAAGGAUACACGCUACUACGAGGAGAGACUUUGGCUUUUCGACUUCUUCAGCAAGCUCCCUAGAAAUCUCUUUACGGAAAUUCCGCAAAGAAGAAAGCGCUAGGCACUCUGUGUAGUUACAACUGCGUUAUUGCCCAACACCUUUUUGCUCGAAGUUUUUGAUCGCUGCACCUAGAAGUGUGCCGCUGUCAGAACAGUGCCCAACUUGCAAUUUUCGCAAAGCGCGGCCAUCCAAUGCGAGUGCCAAAUAAAUCCACGUCCGGAAAAACAGGUACGAGUUUGAGGGGAACUUCGUUGAUGAUGUGAAAGAAGGUCACGGUACUCUCUGGUGGGCGGACGGCCGGACUUAUCAGGUGCGUUGUCUAAUGUGCUUUACGGGUUCUGCCCGAACCUCAACUUACUACAUACGUACCCAGGAGGAUGAGAUAGGUACAGAAAAGAAUUAGAACUUGUGUGGCUCUGGUGCUGACUGUGUAACCUUUUUCUGUGCAGGAAGAUACCUCCAUAGAUGCGAGCAACCUCAUCAAAGCUUCAACGGUAGCGACAAAACGCGCACUGCGCUACCUCUGCCUAGGCAGCGAUUAUUGGCAUCGUGAUUUCGUUUACUGAUCUCAGGGGCAGUUCGAGAACGGAAAGUUUUACUCGAAUGAAUAUCGUGUCCACCACACUGCUGCAUUGAAAGGCGUAAAAGUAAGUGACGCAAAUUGAAGAUGGAGGGUUUCUAUCCGAAAGUGUUCGGGCCAGAUUUGUCAUGGCGUGGAAAGAAAUAGCAAAUAUAUAAAUGCGCACACGCGGAGGAUUCUGGAAUGAUGUGGACUAAUUUCAUACUUAUACGCUUCACGGAAGAGCGAUCAUGGUUUGGGCUGACGGGCGUCAGUACGAGGGCGAGUACAACCUGGGUCGCAAGCAUAUCGUAUAAAGAAAGUGCGUAAAAAAAUGCGGACUGUUAUUUCUUCACAGAGGAGCCAGUCACGGACUGCGAAACCUUUUAGCCUUCGCGCACUGCUGCGACCCUUUUUUCAUGGGCUCGCUGAUGAUGGUGAUCAUGGCUGUGAAGCAUUUCUUCGCAGAACAGCAGCCAUUGAUUUGCCUUUGCGCGGAAGGGACAACCCAGAGGCCAUGUUUGUUGUGCAUGCAUCGUAGGCUUCCAGAGCACGUCGCGUUUAUUUCAUACGUUUUCGCGCAGCCUGUUUUUGUAAUAGCGAUAGCCUCUGCCUCGGGAUGUAGGUUUCUGCCCGGUAUGUUUUCUGUGGCAAUGGCAUGGAAGCGGAUGCAGACGUGUUUGGUUGCGCACUUUUUUCGUGUGCAUAGCGCACGGACAGGGCGUGUUUCUUUGGCCAGACGGGCGCAGGUAUGACGGCGCUUGGUUCGACGGCAGGAGGCACGGCAAAGGUAAGGGCGUGCACACAGAAGACCUGCUUGUACUUAGUUAGUAGAGUGCUAGUACGCUUGUGCUUGAGAAAUUCAUCUACCCGAACGCGUUGUCCUUUCCGUUCCAUAUGUACAUACGUCUAAUUGUCGUCCUCUGCCUCUGGUGACACGUGCUUAUUUUUGCGGCAUGAGUUGAUGAAAGUGAAACAGUUACGGUGCGAAUUUUCAAUCUUCAGGCACUUAUACGAACGCCAAAAAGGAAACGAGAACUGGCAUAUGGGAAAACGAUAGGCCAGUGCAGUGGGACCCUGCAACACCGGGAGACGCCUCCCAGAUGCCCACGGUCCGCAGCAUCCAUCAACAGAAGUGAUCGGCUAAGUGGUAUGCCAGACGUUAGAGAGUUUUUUGUUUAAAGGAACAUCCGGAGCUGCUCGUGCGCACUUGCGGAGAACUAGAGCAGGACUUGGGGACAUCGUCGAGACGCCAAGACUGGAAUUGGCGCCUCACUUUUCGCCCCACAAAACUUGUAUAUUUUACGUUUGCGUCACAAAUCAAUAGACCAUCGUUCUUCAGCUGAAUACUAAUAGUUUACCCCUCGUGAAUAACUUUUGCCGUCCAUUUACUGGGACAAUUCGAAUGGGCGAAAUGUGGCACGACAAACUCGCUGCGUGCUUCGCUCAGCGGUUUUCAAAUUUGUCGACUCCCGAGAACACUUUUAGAUUUCAGCCGGGCAAUAGUUAUUUGCUAUGAAUCCAGCUUGUGUAGUUCUAGUUGUAUGCGAGCUGCGUUUGCCUUUUACGUCACGAGUUGCACCGCUUCACACAAGGACAAGGACAAGACACACAUGUUUUUCUGAAUGUUUUUGGGGUACUCGGGAGUUUCCUCUUCGUGUGGGGGCGGCAGCGAAAUUCGCCCGUAAGGUUCCCGGUACGGCGGAUACCAGAAGCAAACAAACAAAGAUUGCGCAGCCUUUAUUUAAAUUUAAAAUGGACCACCACAUGAAGUCUAGUGUACAUCAUUACACGGGCCUGGUUUGCGUGUUGUGCAGGAGCCAUCAGUAUCCACUAUCUCCGCCCGGGCGGCCGCAUAACUAAAACUAUGGCGUCAAAUUUAGC